UCUUUCCUUGCAUUUCUUUUUUGUGUUUCCUAGAGUUCCAGAUUAGUUAAGGUGCAAAGGCUCUUUAGACAUGGGUCUAUUGCUCACCUUCUCCGUCCUCUCCUUUUUCGUGCUCUUCCCGGAACUUUGUAGAUCCGAGGACCCCUUCAUUUGCUCCAGAGCCACAUAUUAUGGUAGCCCAGAUUGCUUAGGGACUCCAAGUGGGGCAUGCGGCUUUGGUGAAUUUGGAAGGAAUAUCAAUGGUGGCGAUGUAAGCGCCGUUGCUAAGCUGUACAGGAAUGGCACCGGAUGUGGUGCAUGCUACCAAGUGAGGUGCACCCAACCAGAGCUCUGCAGCCAGGAUGGGGUGAGGAUCAUCGUAACUGACCAUGGUCAAGGCGACAACACAGACUUCAUCCUUAGCCGCCGUGGCUUCGGGAAGUUAGCCCGCCCAUACAUGGCCGCAGAACUUAUAGCCCAUGGUGUGGUCGACAUAGAAUAUAGAAGGGUUUCAUGCCAGUACCCAGGAUACAACCUCAUGUUCAAAGUCCAUGAAUAUAGCAGGUUCCCUGAUUACCUUGCUAUCAUCAUCUUGUACCAAGCUGGCCAGAAGGACAUCACAGCCGUUGAAUUGUGGCAGGAGGAUUGCCAGGAGUGGAGAGCGAUGCGUAGGGCCUUCGGUGGGGUGUGGGACAGGGCUAACCCUCCUAAGGGCCCACUUAAUCUACGGUUCCAAGUGAGUGGAGAGGAAGGACAGAAGUGGAUCCAGCUGAGGAAUGUGAUUCCUAGUGACUGGAAGGCAGGAGUGGCUUAUGACUCAGCUAUUCAGCUCUUCUAAUUGCAUGAUUUGAACUUUU